UACGCUCGAACCGAAUGAAGUAUCGACCUUGAGGUGAAGUUUGUACCGAUGGCCGCUGAUCGAUCAGAGAUCAAACAGGUAUGACUGAGAGGCAGUCAUUUUCAAAAUGCCUCCCCCAGACAGACGUGGAAAAGCACCUGAAAGACCAUCUCCAAAACCUAAAGAGAAGGAGCUUCGUGACCUCCGUAAGCUUUUUUCUUUUGUCUCCACUCCAUUUGCGAAGACUGCAGGAAGUCGGGGUGGAGGCAGAAGGGCUCUGAUUUCUCCUCAGGAAAAUGAAAACGGCAGGAAUGUGAGGUUCUCGUCAACAGAGGCAGUCGAGCUCGAUAACUUCAGUGUGAAGUUCAGAGAGCAAAGACAUUUCUGCGAUCAUCCUCAUCACACUGUCUUCCUGGAAAUCUUCACUUCCCUGAUCAAAAACCGUCUCAACUGCAGCGAGUGGAUGAAGCAUUCCUCACCGACUAACAUCGUCCGGGUUCUCAUCUGCCUCAGAUUGUUCAUUAGAGAGCCUCGUUAUCAGAUAGUGUUUUAUGAGCUUAAUGGCUUGAAUCACCUUGUGAAGUACAUGGAGUCGGUCAGCAGGGCGUAUCUGCAGCACGGCGAGCGCGCGCUGGAAACCGAGCAGCUGGUCACCAUGACAUAUUUGUGUCAGAAACUGGCCAUGGUGGACGAGCAGAGAAAGUGGCUGGUAGGAAGCGAAGCUCAUAAGACCCUGGUGAAGCUCCUUGCUGCGCGGGACAGUAACGUGUUAUUAGGCGCGCUCUUGGCCCUCACCACUCUCGCAGACAGCUCGGAGUGCAAGGAGAACAUCGGAGAGCUUUGUGUCGUGGAAAGUCUGCUGGUCAUUCUGCAGGAAUAUGACACGCUGUCAAAAAGGCUGAGUGCCGAGCUGCUCCGUUUGCUCUGCCCCGUGCCAGCGGUCCGUGAGCAGCUAUGCCAGUGUGACGCCGUGCCCGUUCUGCUGAGCAUGCUUCAUGCCGAUCAUCUCAAGUUGUUAUGGAGCACAGUGUGGGUUCUGGUGCAGCUGUGCCAGGAUCCAGAGGGCAGCGCCAACAUCCGAGCCUGGGGCGGAGUUCAGCAGCUCCUGCGCCUCCUAAACGGGUCACUUUUAAGUCUCUUCUCACCUAAAACAAAAGAGCAAGUUUACGUAUCUGACCGCUCGUCUAUAGCGACCCUCUCGAGCGCUAACGCCGCCGGCCGCCUCCACAAACAGCAUGUGUGUGAGGAUCUGAGUCCACACGAGGCCGAGGAGAACACAUUCGCUCUGCACGCUGCAUGCUGCGCGGCAAUAACGGAGCUGGUGCUGGACGACACGGCGGCCCAUCAUGUGGUGCAGGAGAACGGCGUGUACAUAAUAAGCAAACUGAUCCUGCCUCAGGGACCCAAGGCUGCAUCACUACAGUUUUACGCCUUCAGGACGCUGCGGUUCCUCUUCAGUAUGGAGCGUAACAGACACCUUUUUAAACGACUCUUCACACCCGAGCUGUUUGAGAUGUUCAUCGAUAUCGGGCAUUACGUCAGAGACAUCGCGGCGUACGAACCUCUGCAGGAAAAAAUCAACCUGCUUUCGACCGAAGACCUUGAUGGACUGAAGGAGAGAAUCGACGCGGUGAACCAGAACCGGCCGCCUCUCAAGGUGAUCAACGGCUACGCCAUCCUGGACCAUCUGGGCAGCGGAGCAUUCGGGAGUGUUUAUAAAGUCCGUAAACAGGGCGCUCAGAACUGCCUGGCGCUGAAAGAAGUGAACCUGCACAACCCGGCUUUCGGCCAGGACAAGAAAUCCAGAGACAGCAACGUUGACAAGAUCGUAUCCGAGCUCACCAUCAUCAGAGAGCAGAUGGCGCACCCCAACAUUGUGAAAUACCUCAAGACAUUUUUGGAAUGUGACCGGCUGUACGUUGUGAUGGAGCUGGUAGAAGGAGCUCCACUCGCCGAACACUUCAGCUCUCUGAAGGAGAAACGGCAGACCUUCACUGAGGAACGAGUCUGGAACAUCUUCAUCCAGAUGUGUUUAGCUCUGAGAUACCUGCACAAGGAGAAGAGGAUCGUACACAGAGAUCUCACACCCAACAACAUCAUGCUCGGAGAGAGAGAUAAAGUCACCAUCACCGAUUUUGGUCUCGCGAAGCAGAAACAAGAGAACAGCAAGCUGAUGUCAGUCGUCGGAACCAUUCUCUACUCCUGCCCUGAGAUAGUGAAAAAUGAGCCGUACGGAGAGAAGGCCGACGUGUGGGCUGCUGGCUGCGUCCUGUAUCAAAUGGUCACCCUCAAACCACCGUUCUACAGCUCCAACAUGCUCUCGCUCGCCACCAAGAUAGUGGAGGCUGCAUUUGAGCCGGUGGAGGACGCAGCUUUUUCUGAGAGAGUUACUGACAUGAUUCAAUGCUGUCUGACCCCGAACGCAGACAUGCGUCCCGACAUCGUGGAGGUCAGCUCCAGAAUCUGUGACCUGAUCAUGACGUACCUGGACGACGUAAACGCCUCACAUUCCGCUCUGGAGAGGAGGGCUGAGCGGGACAGGCGGAGGGCUCAGAAAUACUGUAUUGAAAGCAAUCGCAUGAAGCUUGUGUACUGCAGAACUGCUCAGGGACUGGACUUUAAGGACCAGCUGCUUGUGGAUCAGAAUGGUCAGCAGUCUGAGAAACGUGAUCUGCAUUUCUCGAGCUCGGCAGAUGAAGAAGUUCAGGCUCACGACUCAGCCAGGAACCCCGACAGCGCCUCACUUCCAGACGAGCAAAGCCGAGCUGGUGGAGACUUCAUGAAGUCUAAAGCUCGACCAGGUUCAGCAGGAAUCUGCGUAUCACACAGAAAGGUCCGACAGAUCGACGACCCCAAUUUACGGCUCCUGGAACUGCUCCAUAAGAUCAUUUUCAUCACUCAGCUUCCACCGGAACCUCAGAGCAGCUUUCAGCGGCGUCUGAUCGAGCGCUUUAAGAGGUCACUGUUCCAGCGUGGCAGCAGCUCAUUUCAUCUGAAGGUGGAGCUCAGUAAGGUUCUUCAGGGAGGGCAGGAGCUGGUGGAGCCACUUUCAGCCAGGAAAUGGUGGUCCAUGCUGCACGGCCGGCAAGCCGACACCCACGGUGAUUCGGGGUCUUUUUGGGGUCUUGAAGAGGGCAUCACGUACGAGCAGGUACAGGUCAAAAUUGAGGAAGUUCUGGAGAGUAGCGGCUAUUACAGCACGGCCUCGUUCAGGAGUGAUUCAGAAAUGGGAAGCAGCAGAACCGUCGGACCAUGACUCCACACGGCGGCGUUUCAUUCGCUCAUCAAAGCUCGAGAACGAGAACAAGAUUGUUUAUAAUAAUAUUUGUGUAAAACGAGUGGUAAAGUAACCCCCCUACCAUCAUUACCACCCUUGUGGAGAAACCUGAAUUCUACGUGAACUUGAUCUCUCUGGGUGUUUCUGGGUUCUGAGGUUGUAAAAACAUAUGCAGGGAUCUAUUUAUUAUGCUUAAGUGAUUUUCACUUCAAAUCUCAGGCUGACUUUAUGCACUUUACCUAAAAUAUGCUCUGUAAAUCUAAAAAAUAUAUAAAAAUAUAAAUAUAUAUGUAUUUUACUGACUUUCCUCUGUUGUUUUAGUGAUAUGAAGGAAAUAAAGGGCUGAUUGUUUAAUGCA